AUGAUGACUUCUAAGCGCCAUGGAACAGGUCUUUAUCAUUCUCUUGAAGUUAUUAAAUCUCUCGAUUACACGCCAGCUUCCGAUAUUUUCGCACUUGGUGGUGUGAUAUAUUAUAUAAUGACAGGGAAUGAGCCGAACCAAGCAGCUCAAGCCGUAAUUAAAUCCUGCGAAAUUGAAUUAGAUCAAGUUCAAAGCGUUUUGGCAAAUGUCGAUCAUAUUUUGGACAAACCUCUUAAAGAAACGGAAAAGGAUGUUGAGGAAAUCAUUUCCCUUGUUGAGAGAUACCCAGAAGAUUUUGAAGAAUUCCAAGACCUCAGUCCGAAUGAUUUAUAUGAUUAA